GUUCGCAUCGUCAUCGUCAUCAUCUACGCCACAAUCGUUCUAGUCGGUUUUGUGAGUAACUUGGCGGUUAUAAUUAUCGGUAUGCAGUCUUGCCGGAUAGUAAAAAAUCGAUUAUCGGUUACGAGUAUUUUGAUAAUCGUACUGGCUUGCUCCGACUUGUGUUUGUGUGUCUUUUGCUUACCGAUUCAGUUGCAUUACCAGCUGACGAACGAUUGGCAUCUCGGUGAAGUGAUGUGCAAAAUUGUUUUCUCAGCUUUUGCACUACCGAUGUACGUGUCGGUAUUUACGAUCCUCCUAAUUGCAAUCGAUCGGUAUCGGUUAAUUGUCUGCCCUCUGAAGAAUCGAAUAUCGGUGAAUGCAGCCUGCGUGUCCGUGCUACUGACGGUGAUCUUUGCAGUACUCAUGGCCUCACCGGUCAUGUAUUACUUGACGGUACUGAGAAUCGAAAGUCCGACAAAUAUCGACGAAUACCGAAUACUGUGUGUGGAGGAGUGGAGCAGCGAUUGGAGCAUGGAAGUAUAUUCAGCUGUCACGUUUUGUUUCAUGUACUGCCUACCGAUGCUCCUCACCGGAUACUUCUACCUGAGGAUUUACUUGAGGUUACAAUUCAGAAAUCCUCCGCUUAAAAGCCACCCCCAAAAAACAAUCAAAACAUACAAAACGUUCAACAUUCUCUUCCUAAUCGUAACCAACUUCACAUUGUGCUGGACCCCUUGGAAUAUAUUUAGCCUGAUCGUGGGCCUUCGAGCCCGUGUCGAUUUCGGCCCUUAUUUUACACUGGUGGACAUUUUGUUGAAAGCAUUCGCCAUGCUAUCCGUCUGCACGAAUCCAUUUUUGUACUGCUGGUUGAAUGACCGUCUUAAAAAGGAC